AUGGCCGGCGAGUUCGCCGGAGAUAACACACCGGAGCUUUUAUGUUUGGUUCAUGACAUCACCGGAAUGUGUACUGGAGGUGGAGGUGAUUCGUCUUCACUCACCGCCGAUGUGAUGUUCAGAAAAGACUGUACCGAUCUGGUUCGGCGGAUCUCUCUUCUUACUUAUUUGUUUGAGGAAAUUAGGGAGUUGAAUAAGGUGAAUUGUUCUGCUUCAAGCUCUUCAGGUACUGUUUCUGAUUCGGAGGAUUCGUGGUCCUCUGAUCUAGUGGUUGUUCUUCAAUCUGCUAAACGGUUGUUAUCUGUAGCGAAGAAUUUCAGCUCCAAUUCAUCUUCGGAUGAAGCUGCAAAGACGAUUAUCUUCCAAUUUCAGUGUGUGACCUGGAAAUUGGAAAAACUAUUAAGCAGUUUACCAUAUGAUGAUUUGGACAUCUCCGAAGAAGUCAAAGAACAGGUGGAUUUGGUGAGAUCACAGUUGAGACGAGCCACAGAUAAAUAUGGGUUUAUGAUUUCUAAAAUGCCGUGUGAUGGUUUAUCCCAGCCCCUGGCUCAAGAAAUCAAUCAAGUAUUUGGCAAAUCUAUGAGUGGAUUGCAUAAACAGAACAGUUGUCCUGAAUAUCUAUCAGAACUAGGUAGCAUUCUUAAAAGCAAUGAAGGGAAAAGCUGCAGCGCGUAUGGGGCAGGAUCUCGAUUGGAAAGAACAAGGAGCAUCCAUGCCUCUUAUGAGGUUUCAUUAUCGAAUAUAGCUGCUCCUGAAAGUCAGCAAAUUUCUGGGAGCAAGAAUCUGCCUGAAGUUAAAAAGCCUGAAGCAAUUGUAAUUCCUGAAGAUUUUCUUUGCCCGAUUUCGUUGGAAUUAAUGAGGGAUCCUGUUAUCGUGGCUACUGGUCAGACAUAUGAGAGAUCUUAUAUACAGAGAUGGAUUGAUUGUGGAAAUACAACAUGUCCGAAAACUCAGCAGAAGCUCCAACAUUUGACCCUUACACCAAAUUAUGUUCUAAGGAGCCUUGUUUCUCAGUGGUGUAUAGAUCACAACAUUGAGCAACCAACUGGACUAACAAAUGGAAAAAUAAAAAAGAGUGAUGGGUCGUUCAGAGAUGUUACGGGUGACAUUGCAGCAAUUGAAGCUCUGGUCCGGAAGCUCUCCUGCAGAUCCACUGAAGAGUGUAGAGCAGCUGUUGCUGAGAUUCGAUCAUUAUCCAAAAGAAGCACUGACAAUAGGAUACUAAUUGCUGAAGUUGGAGCAAUUCCAAUUCUAGUCAACCUUUUAACUUCAGAAGAUGUAAUGACACAAGAAAACGCGGUUACUUCAAUUCUCAACCUCUCUAUAUACGAAAACAACAAAGGACUUAUAAUGCUUGCCGGUGCAAUUCCAUCUAUUGUUCAAGUCCUCCGAGCUGGAACCAUGGAAGCAAGAGAAAACGCGGCAGCAACUCUUUUUAGCUUGUCACUUGCGGACGAGAACAAAAUAAUAAUUGGAGCCUCCGGAGCUAUAUCAGCUUUGGUAGAAUUGCUCCAAAACGGAAGCCCUCGAGGCAAGAAAGAUGCAGCAACAGCAUUGUUCAAUUUAUGCAUAUAUCAAGGGAACAAAGGCAGAGCCAUAAGGGCCGGGAUCAUCACAGCACUGUUGAAGAUGCUCACAGAUUCAAGCAAAUCAAUGGUUGACGAAGCUCUUACAAUAAUGUCAGUUCUUGCCAGCCACCAAGAGGCAAAGGUUUCCAUAGUAAAAGCCAGCACUAUACCAGUUUUAAUAGAUCUUUUGAGAACCGGAUUGCCUCGCAACAAAGAGAAUGCAGCUGCCAUUUUACUUGCUCUGUGCAAGAGGGAUACUGAUAAUCUUUCCUGUAUCAGUAGACUUGGUGCUGUUAUACCACUUUCUGAACUUGCUCGAACCGGUACAGAGAGAGCCAAACGGAAGGCUACUUCAUUAUUGGAGCAUCUUCGUAAGUUACAACAGCUUUGA